AGCACUCUAGCUAUGAAAAUGUUAUGAUUAAAGUAAAAUUCUCACAAGAUAUAAAAUGAGCAAUUAACAAACUAAAGCAAAGAGUAGUGCCAUGCAGCCCCGCCUAGAUGGGAAACUGGUCUUACUUUAUACACUGUUAGUCCUGCAAGUUCUAAUUGUUAUGAUUUAUGUCGCUACAACUCCACCUUCUGAAUUAACUAUAUCCACAACUCAUACUUCCGUUACAUUUGUGAAAUUUGAAGAAUCACAGGAACCAAGAAUUCAACAAACUAAUCAUAAAAAGUUUCCCAUCUACCAGACAAUCAAUGGAGAAGUAGUACUAAACGAUGUCAAGACUUUCACUCUGUUUGAAGUAUACAAUCACACUGUUUGUUGGAAAUAUGGAGUGGAUAAUCAGAAAAUGAGAAGUAGUAAUGAUCUCCAAAAAUGCAUUUGUAUUCAUGGAUGGCAUGGGUCAGACUGUGGCCAACCAGAAGUUGUCUGGAGAGCAAUCAUGGCAUCUAAGCAAAACGUUAAACUAAAACAUCGUAAAAUAGCUAGACGUAUUAUUCAUACAUUUUUUCUACAUGAGUAUAACUCAGCAAUUGCAGAGGUGAUAGUAGAAGAACUAUACAAUGUAGUAGAUCUUUUUGUAAUCUGUGAUUUCAGUAAUGCAGAAGAUAAUUUUCAUCAUAAGCUACUUAAGGGUUUAUUACAACAGAAACAGAGGAAGAUUUUAUAUAUUAAUAUAGCAACAAGGGUGCACAAACCAUCGAGAAUAGUGUCUAAAUACAUUUGGGAUAAAAUAAAGACUGUAGUACGAAAUUUAAGGGAUGAUGAUAUUUAUAUUACGACUGAACCAGAACAAAUAUUAAACUCCAGGGCAUUAAUGUUCCUCAAGGUAUAUAAUGGAUGGCCACAACCUAUUGGUUUUAGAUUAAGAUGGUCCGUUUAUGGAUUCUUCUGGCAACAUCCACUUAAAACAACGAUAACAGUUGGUGCGUGUACGAUCGGACUAAUGCGGGAAGCUUAUCAAUCAAAUUCUAUCAUGUUAGAACAACUGGAAGGAGAUUUGAGUGCAAGAGAUAGUCUAGGUCUAGUAAUAGGAGAUUUAAAUCAUUAUGGAGGGUGGUACUGUUACCUAUGUCAGGCACCUGCAAACAUUAUAACUAGUUUACAUAAUAAAGUUAAAUCCAAAGAAAUUCAAAUAGAAAAGACUAUCGACGUACCAUUCAUUGAGGACCUAAUAGGAAGUGGAUUGUGGCUAGAUGGGAAAACUAAUCUUUUAAGAGUCUCUAAAUCUCGGGACCUCUAUUUUGCGCCUGAAACAAUACUUAAUAAUACAUGGAAGUACGACUGGCUAGUAGAAAAUUUUUAUGCUAAAUUAGACUAUUAUUGACAUAUUGGUCACACCUGACUGUGAU